AUGGCCUCCAGUCUUGAUCUUGUCCUCGUAUUUCUCUGGACUCUUCACUGUGAAGGCACCGUCAGAGUACAACAGGAAUCUUUAAUCCAGACUGCUUUUGCUAAUGAACAAGUGACUACAACCUGCAAGGCUACAUUCCUUUAUCAACCAGAAUAUACAGACUUUGAAAUUAUUUAUUACCGUAAUAACUCACAAGGUGAAAAAACCAUAGUUUACAAGUCUAAAUUUUCUGAAAAAAUCCCUUCUGGCAAAGAGAACCAAACAGAUACAAAGAUUUACAGCAUUUCCAUCAAACCCACUGAACAUACCUCUGUAACUGGUGCUUACUACUGUCAAGCUAAAUGGAAACACAUAGAAAAAGAAGGAAAGGGAACAUUUAUCUUUUUUAGAGACAAAGGAUACAUUGAGCCCCCCCUUGCUAUACUGAAAAACAUGGUUAUAUGGACGUGCCUGAUAAUCCUUACAAUUGUUCUGGCUGUUGUGAGCAUCAUAGGAACAGUGCUGCUAUUCUGGAAGAGAGAGGUGGCGUAUCUUGGGAGGAAACAGGCCGAGAAGUGCUCAGGUCAGGGUUCAGAACCCCAGUCUUCUGCAAGUCACCUAGAGCUUCCAGGAUCUAUGUAUGCUGCCUUAGAACCUCAUGAACCUGACAUUUAUUCUGUCAUUGAGGAUAAAUCACUACAGAAAGAGAAGCCUACACCUAAGGUAUCUUACCAAGAAACAGAAGAGGAAAUUGUGUAUGAGAACUUCUAACCUGCCUUCACAGCUCAAAAGAAGGUUCUUAUUUCCCUCUGAAAAUAAACAUUGGUCAAACACAUUGUUGUAUAAAACAAAAGGACCUUUUGGUUUCAGUGCAGAUCAGUAUCCAGAGAAGGCCCUGGAGAAGUUCUGUGUUACCCCUAUUUUAGACUAUCAAAUUCAGCUCGGUGGUACAAAGGCUUGCUGUUGAACAGAAUCAACUAAAAGAGUGGAAAUAGAAAGCAUAGAGAGAUCUGUGUCAGACGAAAACUGGAAUACCCUCAGCCUGACAAUGUGGUUUGUGUUCGCAGUUCCAGGGAAAUUUAUUUGGAUGGCAAUGUAAGCGCUGUUGCUCUGUAAGAGUGCAAAACUGUAUGCUGUCACUAAAUCCUAGAUAGAUAUUUUCAAGUUCUUCUUGAAGUGUAGCCUUCUAACUUUUCAUGGGCUUUAGUGCACAUGGAUUGUAAGCAUGUUGGUGAAGAGUUUGAUUUCUUGAUGUUUAAAAUG